AUGUGUGUAGGCAUGAGAUACCGCAAUCGCUGGGCGUGCUUGCACUCCAGUCUGUACAAGACGAAACGGUACUUUACGUCGUCGGGUCUGCACGGGACCCGUCCGUCGCGCGACCCGUUUCAGCCCAACCUAACAUCCCUCACAAAUAUGCGGAACCGUGACGAAUAUUUCAUAAAGUUCGGAAAUAAAGGACGCUCGAUGGGGAUUCCGCGGAUCGAGCGCCUGCAAACCCGUCCUAUUUCCAUUCUGCACGAGACCCCACACAUAAUGGUGGUCGGGCGAAACUUCUGCAACGGCUUCGCGAGCAACCAAUUUCUUUUGGUGAACAAGCAGACUAAACACUGCAUCUUCAUCGACGCCUGCGAUGACUGGCCCGAUGACUGGGUGACGUUCAUUUCGUCGUCGAAACUCACGCUCACGCACAUCUUUUUCACCCACUGCCACAUCGAUAAUAUCAUCAACCUCACGGCGCUCAUGACCAUCGUGGCGCAGCACUUAAAGACGUGCCCAGGACUGAUGUGGUGCCCAGCAGAGCAAGUGUGGAUAGACGCCUUUCCAAGAGCAUGUCAACGGUACCGACGCGAGGAAGAGGCUCGGAAAGUACUCCCUUUCACACAAAACAACUACUACACCUACAAUACUUAUGCGUACAGGCUUUUGCAGAGGCAGCGCUCACUGGACCAGCAAUAUCAGAGAGAAGCCGCCAUGCGGAAUCCAACCGAUGAAGCAGACCCGCACGAGCUGGGGGCUGAGGCAGCGUUGCCACUUCCCCCAGAAUUAGUACGCCGGCAGGACAUCCUUCUGAGCUGCGCCACGAAUCGCGCUACGAGUUUUUAUGAAUUUGGCACCCACAGUCUUUUGUAUUAUAUCUUCACACCCGGCCAUUCCCCAGGGCACAUGAUGUUGAGCCUUCCCCGCGAGAAGCUGCUAUUCACGGGUGAUGUUCUGUGCUACAACCAGAUUGGCCGCGUGGAUUUACCCUGGGCGACAGGCGAGCGGCUGGCGGAGAGCCUGCUGACGCUGGAGGACUUCCCCGACGCCACGGUGCUGUUGCCAGGUCAUGGUCGCCUAACAACGCUGGGUCGGGAGCGACGUGAGAACCGGGCGCUGCAGGCCUUGUAUGAGCGACGAGAACUUGGUCAGCAAGAGGUAUCGGUUGGGUUCAAUACGGGAUACCUGUAG